AUGGCCCUUUCCCCAUCUCCUAGAGCCUUGUUCUUCGACGUCUUCGGCAGCUGUGUCGACUGGCGCACCACCGUCGUCGGAGCCCUGGAGAUGCAGGCCCAUGCAGCACUCAACUCGGCAACAGCAUCGCUAGCCUCUAGCGUCCGCCUGCAGGCUUCAGACAUGACGACGAAGCAGUGGGGGGUAUUCGCUCAGCAGUGGAGGGAUAGCUAUAAGCGGUUUACCACGUCCCUGGCAGAUGACCCGUCGUUGCCGUGGGUGUCGGUGGAUGAGCAUCAUUUGAAGUCGCUCAGAGAGCUUGUGGCGGAGUGGAAUCUAGAAGGCUUAUGGGACGAUGUGGAGUUGCGAACGUUGAGCCUGAUCUGGCAUCACCUUGUACCCUGGGAUGAUUCGGGCAUGGGCGUGGCGCUGUUGAAUCGCAUGUGCAAUACCUGCACUUUAUCCAACGGUAACAUCAGCCUGCUCUCAGAUCUUCGGGCGUUCAGCGACAUUCCUUUUACGCAUCUCUUCUCGGCUGAGAUGUUUGGUACCUACAAGCCAUCUCCCAAGGUGUACCUAGGAGCCGCAGAGAAGUUGGGUUUACCACCACAGCACUGCGCAAUGGUUGCCGCUCACUUGAAUGAUUUAUAUGCUGCGAAGCAGUGUGGCCUGCAAACCAUCUAUGUAGAGCGUCCGGGUGAGGAGGACUGGAGCAAGGAGGAUGUUGCAAAAGCUAGACAGGAGGGCUGGGUUGACUUGUGGAUUGAUGGGAGCAGUCAGGGCUUCAUUACUAUUGCUGAGAAACUUGGGAUCCAUGUUAAUGGGUCCAACGAGGGGAGGCGGUUGAGUUCGUCUGCGCCCAUUGGGGUUGCGUGA